AGAGCAGGAAGGAGGAGUGACACAGGGAUAAGUAGCAAGAGAAACGGGGGGAGUUGUAAAAUAGGAUUAGGGAAAGGACAGCAAGGGCCAGCUGACGCGCACGGACACACAGCGCCGGCACACAGAGCCAGACAGCUACCAGAGUCUGCUGACCAGCAGCCAUGGCAGACGUGGACUCUGUGAGCGAAGCUUUAAAAGCAAUCAGUGUUAGCACAGACCUGGUUGAGGAGGAGCUGAAGCCUCAUCUGGACACAGUGUUGGCUGGACUCCUAGAGAAAAAGAAGGAUGCUGCCAUUGAAAUUGCCAAAAGUGGGAUUCUGCCUUCACUGGCGCAGGUGUUGCUGCGCAAAAGCAGUCUGAGCUGCCAGGUGGCUCUGGUGGUGGCAGAGAUGGCGCGAGAAGCUGCAGUGAGGGAGUCCUGCAUCGAGGCCGGCCUGGUCAAAGCUCUGGUUCCACAUCUGGACAGCAACAACGAGGAAAUGCUGCUGAACACGGGCAGGGCCAUCGGACGUAUCUGCUUCGACAACGCAUACCAACAAGACCAGUUAGUCCAGAGUGGCGUCAUCGCCAGACUGGUCUCCAUAAUGAGGGAGUAUCCCAAGAACGACCCGCUGGUCAACGUCUGUCUGCUGGCUUUGUGUAACCUGGCUGACAUGGACUGUGCGAGGGAAGCACUGGCAGACCUGGACGUGUCUGAAGUCCUGAUUCUUCAGCUGAGGCGAGCUCCUGAUGCCGAACGCCGACAUGUCAUCUUGGAAAUUUUGGGAUCCUUGGGGGAAAGUGAUGCUCUGAAGCUGCAGUUUGCAGAGUCAGGAGUGCCAGAGGCUUUGUCAGAAAUGAUCCGAAGUCUGCAGGGGGGCGAUGACCCACACGACUUCUGCAGCAUGAAGAUCGCCUCCAACCUCAUCGUGUCUCUGCUUCUGGGUGAUGAAUCCAUGCAGAAGUGUUUUGGGGAGGGCUCAGGUGUGGUCUACCAGGACAUCUUGAGCUGGCUGCAGAGCUCCAACACCCAGCUGCAGCUCUCUGGAGCCCUCGCCAUUGCCAAUUUUGCUAGAAAUGACAGUAACUGUGUGAAAAUGCUUGAGCUGGGGGUGGUCCCACACAUCCUUGCCCUGCUGGAGAAGCAUGUUGAUGAAGGAGAUGUGUCUGUUCAACAUGCUGGACUGAGCGCGCUCAGAAACUUGGCCAUUCCAGCUAUCAACAAAGUGCGGAUGCUGGAGGACGGUGUGACUGAAAGGAUAAAGUCUCUGCUGCGUACCGACAUGCCACCGGUUCAGUUCAAGCUGUUGGGAACACUGCGCAUGAUGGUGGAUGGACAAGAGGAGGCAGCACUGAUGCUGGGUGGCGACGCUGUGCUUCUCGCACGCAUCAUAGAGUGGUGUGAAGCCAAAGACCAUGUGGGGGUGCGGGGAGAAGCCAGUCGUCUUCUAGCAGCUCUGAUCAGACACAGCAGAAACCCGGAAGUUGUGCGUGCCGUGGCCAAAGAAGGUGGAAUUCAACAGCUGAUCUCCAUGGCAACGAGCGAACAUGUCAUUAUGCAGAAUGAAGCCCUGGUCGCCCUGGCAAUAGCGUCGGCUCUUGACAUUGAAUCUGUGAAAGAUCCGUUAAGAGACGCAGAGCUUCUACCUGAGCUGAAGAAGAUCCUGGAGGAUCCUGCAGCAGCCGUCGAGGUCAAGUUCAGCACUCUGGGUCUCAUCUGCACCUUGGCUAACUGCAGCCUGACAAGGGACGAGCUCAUCUCUGUGAACAUGAAGGAGAGUCUGAGCAAACUGACGGAUCACAGCAGCAGCAAACUGGCUUCCCAGGCCAGCUCCAUCCUGAACCUGCUGUGACUCCAGCUGAGCCUGCGGGUCAUCUCCACGUCCAUUUGUCUUCUAGAUGCAGCUGGCACAGGGGGGGGCUUUCCUCUGUGGGACACGGUCAGCUUCGACUCUGUCUGCUUUUUGGUUGGAAAAGAAUUUUAUGACUGAAUCCUGAGAUAAUAAAUGAAAAAAGGCUGUUUGGUGAUAUUUUCUGAUUUGAAGGGAACCUCUGUUAGAUUGUUUUCUUGAUGUGAAGACGUAGACAUGAAACUUCAUUUUUCUGUCCAGUUUUUCCUUUUUCCAGAAUCACACUUCAGGUUUCAUGAAUGUUUGUGACAAGCAGAAGAAAAUCUAAAUAAACAUUUGUCAGACUCUUCCUGCAGAAUCUCCCGUCCUUUACUUAUGUGAUACAAAUAAAGUUUCUGCAGAUUGGG